AGAAGCAGCAUGGCAGCGGAUAGCACAAUGUCUAAUGGCCAAGAAACGGCUUCUUUGAAUGGUGAACCAGUGGUUAAGCGGUCCCGAGAAAGUGCAGCGGCUGAAUCCCUUCGGAUUCACCGAGAACCUCACAAUAAAGUGACAGUGGUGUUGGGUGCCCAAUGGGGAGACGAGGGAAAGGGGAAAGUUGUUGACCUGCUGGCUAUGGACGCGGACAUUGUAUGCAGAUGCCAGGGAGGAAAUAACGCAGGGCACACGGUGGUGGUGGACUCUGUGGAGUAUGAUUUCCAUCUCUUACCCAGCGGCGUUCUCAAUAAAAAGGCAGUAUCUUUCAUCGGGAAUGGAGUUGUGAUUCAUCUCCCUGGGCUGUUUGAGGAAGCUGAGAAAAAUUUACAGAAAGGCAAAGGACUACAGGGUUGGGAAGACAGACUAAAGAUUUCUGAUCGUGCACAUAUUGUAUUUAACUUCCACCAGGCUGUUGAUGGCAUACAGGAGCAACAGAGGCAACAGCAGGCUGGAAAGAAUUUGGGAACUACUAAAAAGGGCAUUGGCCCAGCAUACUCAUCCAAGGCUGCACGCAAUGGACUGAGAGUGUGCGACUUGCUCUCUGACUUUUCUAUUUUUGAAGAAAAAUUUCGUGUUCUGGCCGGCCAUUUUCAGACUAUGUACCCCAACCUCAACAUUGAUGCUGAUGCUGAGCUAGAGCAUUUGAAGGGUUAUGCUGAGAGGUUGCGUCCAUUAGUCGUUGAUGGGGUUUACUUUAUGCAUAAAGCCCUAACUGGACCUAACAAGAAAAUUCUGGUGGAGGGGGCCAAUGCAGCCCUUUUGGAUAUUGACUUUGGCACCUACCCUUUUGUGACCUCAUCUAACUGCACAGUCGGAGGUGUAUGCACAGGUCUUGGAGUGCCCCCAUCUCACGUCGGCCGUGUGUAUGGUGUUGUCAAGGCCUACACCACCAGAGUUGGUGUUGGAGCAUUCCCUACUGAGCAGGACAAUGCUGUGGGCGAUCUUCUGCAGUCUAGAGGAAGGGAGUUUGGAGUUACAACAGGCAGGAAGAGGCGCUGUGGUUGGCUGGACUUGGUUUUGGUUCGUUAUGCCCACAUGAUCAAUGGUUUCACAGCUAUUGCUUUGACCAAGUUGGAUAUACUUGACACAUUGCCUGAGAUAAAAGUGGGGGUGGCCUACACUGUUGACGACAAGCCCUUGCCUAGCUUUCCAGCUAACAUGGAUGUCCUGACGAAGGUCUCUGUGACCUACGAGACGUUACCCGGGUGGUGCUGCAGCACAGAGGGAGCACGCAGCUUCGAUGACUUGCCACCUCAGGCACAGGCCUACAUUCGCUUCAUUGAGAACGUGCUACAGGUGCCAGUAAAAUGGGUUGGAGUUGGCAAGUCCAGGGAAAGCAUGAUAAAGCUGUUUUAAACUGGAGCAUCAUGGUAUCUCAAAUCCAUCUGCCAGGAACAUCACAUUUGCGGGACCAUUUGUUGGAUUUGAUGUAGUGGAUUGGAGCUGGGAAGAUGACUAUCUGUGGGUUCAGGACCCAAAGAAUGUACCACUUAAACUGAGCACCAGCAAAAAAUAGGUUCCAGGACUAGUCAGUAUCAAGGGAGCACACACAACAGAAUGCUACAGCCAAAAAUUCUGUUCAGAACUGAUCUUCAUGAAACAUUUCAAAAUAAGAGUACUGGUCUUUGGAUAUUUUCUUUUAUUUCUUAUCCUGAUGAAGCAGUCUUAUUGAGAUGCAUGGUUUUAAAGAGUCUGAUGGCUUGCACUCCCACAGAUCUUUGCUAAAAACUGAGCUUCAUGUAAAUGUGCUUAAACCAUAAAGCCCUACUGAUUCUUUGAUCCUUCCUCUGAACUUGUAACAAACUCAAGGCCUUGACUUUAAUAAGAUAAUAACAAUUAGCACACGGCAUGGGUGCCAUCACCAGUUUCCAUUUUUUUUAUUGAGGUAAUAUUACCAAAUGUUCUGAAUCUGUUUUCAUGCAUUUUAAAAUGUACGAUUUUCAUCACUGAUGAAACAGUAGUUUUAAGACUUCUUUGUAAUUUGUAGCUAAAUUUUGGUUUGUUUGGGUUUUUUUUUGUUUUUUUUGUAUGUAAGCAAGUAUGUGGGGGUUGUUUUAAGACCUGGUUUGAGGGAUCUUUUUAAUUUGAGGUUUGUACAUGAAAAAAUUGUGGCCGGUCUUGGCAAGUGUUUAAAAAAAUCCAAAAGGGAUGUUUCCAUAAAUGAUUAAAACAAAGGACUGCAUAUAUUCAUGAUCUUUUGUAGUAAGUAAAUGUCAUCUGACAUCUUUUUCAUUUAAGGCAACAAUAUUAGAAAAGCACAAAGAGAAGAAAUGUACAGUGGUGCCAGUCGGCGUUCCACUGGGGUCUAGAGAAUGUGUCUACCAUUGGAUGCUGCUUUGGAACAAUAAAAUGUAAU